AUGGAGAAGCUUGUGAACCUCAUCUUGCUCUUCCUGUCAGCAUCCUGCGCUGCAGAGAACGUCACUGUGGUGUACGGGAUGGAGGGAGGAACCAUCUCUGUCAACUGCUCCUACAACCUCUGGAAGCAGAGGUGGAAAGAGAAGAGCUGGUGCAGGCAGGUGGCCAAGACCAAGUGCCAGCACGUGGUGAGCACCAGGCCCUUCUGGCUGCCUUUCCUGAGGAACAGGAACGGCACCACCUCCAUCAGGGACAACAUCCACGACGGGAUCCUGACGGUCACCAUGAGCAGGCUCAGGAAGGAGGACUCUGGGCUCUACCAGUGCAGAACUGACUUCCUGGGGGAAACAAACAGCCUGAGGAAGGUGCAAGUGGAAGUGCUGACAGCUGUCCUGGAGACCCAAGUGCCUGAGGAGCCCAGAGCUGUGCAGAGCAUCUCCAGGACUCCUGCUGGAGCAGAUCUCACUCUCUUCUACAUCCUUGCUGGGUUCCUGGGGGCCAAGUUCGUGGUGGCUGUGCUGAUCUGUGUCAUUGGCAGCAGCAGGAAGAGCAGAGGACGAGAGCAGGAGCCAAGGCUGACUGAGCAGCAGGUCCUCCCUGUCCCUGCUGCCCUGGGGCACAGUGGAAUCAGCUCCUGUCGGGAGAGCUCUGCAUAG